GUUAGGUUAUAUAAACAAAAAGUGAGGUUAUUAUCAAGAUAAACAUAAACGUGCCUGUUUUCUAUAUGGAUAUAAAUAAUUUAAACUGAAAUAAAAAUGGUUGUGAAAGGAACUUUAGCUAAAAGUAAAAAAAGUCACAAAAAUGUCAAAUUUGUUAAACAUGGCCCCAAAAAACAAAAAUUUUCCAAAAAGCCCAAACCAAAAGAAGUCCCCAAAAUUCAGAAACCUAAGCCAGUUGAAGACAACUCAGAGGAAAGUGAUCAAGGAGAGGAUUUGUUGCAGAUGGUAGAUGAAGAUGACAUUAGUUUUCUCAAAAAUGCUAUUGCCAACAGAUCCUAUAAUUUAUUUAAUAAAAUAAAAGUUUCUAAAUCAAAAGGUCCAAAAUCAAAGAAGAGGAAACUAAAUGAUGAUGAUUCUUUAGAAAAUCAAUAUGAAGCACAACUUGAUGAGGGCGAAACAGAUAAACAAGUUAAGAAUUUGCUACCUAUCAAGACAAAAAGUGGUAUUAUUCCUAGGCAAACUUUGGAACCAAUCCAAGAUGAUCAAGAUGAAGCUUCAGAUAUCAAUAAUGAAGAAGAGGUAACUGAAGAAGCUGAAGCUGAAGAAAACAAUUUCUCUCUCGAAUCUACAGAAUUUGAUGCAGGUGAACCAAUUUCAGCAGCUCAACUAUUAGCAAAAAGAAAUGAAGUCAUAAACAAGAUGAAAAUUCACAUUGGAACAUUAAGUUCUGGUUUAUUAGAAAAUCCAGAGGAGAAGGUCUUGAAUUUAAGAACCUUGCUGUCCUUGAUGGAUGAAGAAGCUGCCCAACUUUACAUAACAGUUAAAAAAUUGAUUACUAUAUCCUUGUUGGAAGUGUUCAAGGAUAUCUUACCAUCAUAUGAGAUCAAAAAUUUGAUGCCAGAUGGAGUUAAAUUGAAAAAGGACACAUUAAAGUUGCAGAAGUAUGAAGAAAAUCUCCUGCUGUAUUACAAAAAAUUCCUACAGAAACUAGAAAAGUAUGCUUUAGUGUUGUUUAAAAAAAGGGGAGAUACACGCAAAAGAUCAGAAGAAGAAUUAACAUUAGGAGUAUUGGCAAUACAAGCGAUGUGCGAAUUAUUAAUUACACAUCCUUAUUUUAACUUUUCACAAAAUAUUGCACAAGCUGUAGUUCCAUUUUUAAAUAACCGUGACAAAUCUGUUAGAGAACUGGUUAAAACAUCCAUUAAAACAGUGUUUAAAGAAGAUAAAAAAGACGAAAUAACCUUGAAGAUUCUUAGAAUUAUAAAUAAUUACUUGAAGAAUCAUUUGCAUGUGCAUGUAGAUAUGCUCGAAGUGUUCUUAGUAUUAAACCUAAGAGAUGUUAAUUUGGAUCAAGAAAAAGAGCAAGAUAUGAAGCAGAAAAAGUUGAUGUCACAUAAAUCCAGAUUAUUGCAGAUGUCAAAAAAAGAAAGGAAGAGGAAGAAAAAGUUGAAGGAGGUUCAGAAGGAACUUAUGGAAACCAAAGCCGAAGAAAAUAAACAAGUUAAACAAAAAAAUUUGACGGAAAUAACAAAAAUAAUAUUCAAUGUCUAUUUUCGGAUCUUGAAGACGUCCAGCGACACAAAAAUUUUGGGUGUUUGUUUAGAAGGAUUGGCAAAGUACGCACAUUGUAUAAAUUUAGAAUAUUAUGUAGACAUAGUCAAUGUCUUGGAUAAUCUUCUAAAAGAAGAUUGGUUAGGAUAUAGGGAGCAGUUGCAUUGUAUUCAAACAGUCUUUGCUAUUUUAGGUGGUCAAGGAGAAGCCUUAAAUCUUGACCCGCUCAGAUUUUACAAUAAUCUCUAUAAGGAAUUACUUACGAUUAAUGCCUCUUCGAAAAAGUCAGACAGUACAUUGAUUUUGAUAAAAACUCUGAACGAAGCAUUGGUAAGAAGGAGAAAGAAAAUUACAAGUAAAAGAAUGUUGGGAUUUACUAAAAGAUUGGCUCAAUUGAGUUUGCAAUUAACGCAUGAUGGAUCAAUAGGUUGUCUGAGUUUAAUAAAAACCAUAAUGCAGUUGUCAAGAUCAACCGAUAUUUUAUUGGACCUUGAUCCGUCGACAGGAGAAGGAAAAUAUGAUCCAGAAAUUGACGAUCCAGAAUAUUCUAAUGCUUCGAGUAGCGCAUUAUACGAGCUAAUGUUAUUAUCUAAACAUUACCACCCGAUCGUCAGUAAAUUUGGUAGAAAUAUUGCAAGCGGGGCCCCCUCAACCGGCGAAGGAAGUCUCCCAGGGGAAUAUGCUAAGAGUGCACCAGAUCAAUUGUAUAUAGAUUUUGACAUGUCCGAAAUGGCAUUUAAUCCUCCUGUACCCCCACCCAAAAAGGAACAGCCAAAAGCCAAGUCAAAACACAUAUUUUUCGCUGACAGUACGUUUGAAGAAGAAUGUAGACAAUGUUUACGAAGACCUACUAAAAGGAAAUUAUUUUGGAUUAAUAGUUUGUGAAUAUAUUGUUUAUAAAAUAAA